UCCCUCUGGUGUGUGCAGAUGUGUCGGGGGAGGGCAGUCAGAGUGGAGCUCAGUUCCAGGGCCGUCCCAGCGAGGUGUGGUCCCAGUGGCAGAACCAGCACCACAGCCAGCAGGCGGGGGAGCAGCACACACACCCCAACCCCAGCCAGACAGAGGUGUUCCAGGACAUGUUACCCAUGGCUGGAGACCCCACCCAGGGAACAGCCAACUACAACAUAGAGGACUUCGCUGACCUCGGCAUGUUUCCCCCCUUCUCUGAGUAACACCCCCUUUCCCAUCCCCACCCUCAGAACUGGACUGAUGUCUCGUCGUUGUCUCAUGUUUCUUUAUUGCUGGAUCCACACAGCUGAUGUGCAGCACAGUGAAUGUCUGCGUCUCUUUUCAAACACACUUCACUUAUCAAGCCUGCAGUCUGUAUCUAUGACCAUACACAUACCUCAUCUCUGCAGGCUGGUGGGUUGCACAUCCGUCAUCCUGCAUCACUCCCUGUGUGUGAGGCUGCUGAACACAUGCUGAGGAGCUCCUGCAGUCCAGAGGUCGGAACAUUAAAUAUAGCUGUACUCGUCAGAGACUAGUUUAUUACUAUUUUACUUCCUAUGUUUCAGAUUUGACAAAGCAAAAAUUCCAAAAAGAUGAUCAUGAAAUCCUAUCAGUCAGCGGUUCAUGUCUGCAAGCAUCUGCACCGAGAACCAAAAUGUACUAGUGUUCCAACAAAUAGUCUGCACCCAUUGAUGUAGACGAGUUUCCACUGCUGUCCACAUCUGUUCGGAGUAUAUCAUGUUUUCAGGAUUCAAUAAUAAGUCAAACAUUUGAAAAAACUAAUUUAUAAGUCAUUCCUCCCUUAUGCUGUGUGCUGUGCUGUCACUGACAGAGUGGUGCCAAGCAUUAACACCAGUGCGGUCACCAUGAAACUCAGAGUCCCUCAGCAUGUCACUACAGAUGAACUGAUGGUGUUCAUGUAUAGCUGACACUUGCACAGCAACUUUACAUUCCAUUUCAAAAAGGCUAAAUAAAAGCAUCAAUCACUGCUUAUCUGUGGAGGAAUUUAGAACUCAAGAGAAGUUGCACAAAUCUUGCUCAACUGUGUGUUAGGAAACAACAUUGGCGUACUCUGCAAAUUGAGAACUGUUCUUAAAGAGGCUCAUUCUGCUGUUCUGCUUCCCUUCCUGCAGUGUGUUCUAAAGGUUUGUGUGCAUGUUAAUGGUCUGCAAAGGCUCAAAUCCCUCAGACGGAGGGUGAAAACAGGUGCUGCAGCACUGGAAGUAUGA